ACCUGCAUUAAUAUCCUACCAGCACUUACCUCACAGCCCUAGUCACCACCCCGUCAGAGCAGCCCACCUAGGCCGUUCAUCCAUACAUGCACAUAUCCGCCCAGGGAGUGCCAGCUGCGUCAGAUACCCGUCCCUCGCUCACUCAUCCCGCUCCUGCUCUCAUACACUCUCCGUCCCCCUGUUCUGUCUUCCGCACCUGCUCUCCCGCUCAUGCACUUUCACCCUCAUGCUCUAGACUAUCUCGCUUCCAGCCCUAUCAUACAGCCUCCGCAUUGUACCUUACAGCCUCCUACUCUCCUGAUCGACCUUUCUCCCUCCCGCCGCCCGCCGCCACGCUCAGGACCUCCUCUCCUUGGCCCACGCCCCACCUCCUAGAAGGUGCUCGCUUCGUAUCUGCCAUGCGCAUGCCAGGCGUACAUGAACGUGUAGAAGCCGCCUGUGCUGCACUUCAUUCACGAAUGCUGCGAAUAACAUUUUCGUCCAUCCAGCACCGCGCCGCGCCAUCGAUUAAGCGUGUCAACAUUGAGCAGGAGCUAUAAUAGCUGCGCGCGAACGUCCCCGAGCAAGGUGGCUAAUGGGGUUGGAGAGGCGGAUAGCAAUUGUAGCGUCAAUUAGAGCAGUAUCACACGGUCGUCGAGAAAAAGGAGGUGUAAGAACUUUCCCAUGCUAUGCACUGCCAGCUUGCAUGCUCCCCCCACCCUCAACGCGCCAUCCCUGCAGUGCAGACUAUCACUACGCCUACUCCCGCUCCCGCCACCCUCUCACUCAACGACCUCUUCCACUUCCUCAAAUUACCCUACAUCCCCACUGCUCACACCGUCCGGAUCAUCUCCCGUCUUGCCCUCGGCUUCGCACCUC